CUUCCAGAAGCAUACACACACACAAAAGCACACAUGAGCCAAGGAGCAUGGGCAGCAGGGUCACCCUAGCGCCAUGCUUCAUAAAGGGCGCCGUUACAAUAGGUUUACUGUUACUCUGACGACUGCUGGGAUACAAUAGGACUGAAUGUACUGGCCUCCUGAUGCUCCUCCAUUUCUCUCCAUUUUUCACUUGAUGACAAGGAAGACAGACUGAGACGAGACAGCAUGAUAUCAGAGGACGCCCCUGAAGGAACCUCACGGACUAAUGGGGCUUAUUCUGCUGAGCCUGAUUCUUCGGUACUGGAUCAACACCGUGGAGGGAUCAUGUUCAGCUGGCACUGCUGUGACCUGUGAUGAGUGUCUGCAGCUCAGUUCUCACUGUGCCUGGUGCACACAGGAGAAUUUCACAGACUGGUUUUCAGUCAGCGAAAGAUGUGACACACUGGAUAUCUUACUAGAAGAGGGAUGUGCCAGGGACCAGCUGCAGUUCCCUGUUUCCACAGGCCUGAUCCUGCAGAAUCGCUCACUCGGGAAGAAGACGGGCAACGUCAACAGCACACAGAUCUCCCCACAGAAAAUGGCACUCAAGCUGAGACCUGGCAGUGAGGUGACUUUUCAGGUCAAGAUUCAACACACAGAGGACUAUCCUGUGGACAUCUACUACCUGAUGGACCUGUCAGCAUCCAUGAUUGACGAUCUGGAGAUGAUCAAAGACUUGGGCUCCUCUUUAUCUAAAGAGAUGGCCAAGCUCACCAGUAAAUUUCGAAUGGGCUUUGGCUCUUUUGUGGAGAAACCCGUCCUGCCAUUCAUCAGCAUCACACAAGAGGAACUGGCCAACCCCUGCAGCAAUGUAAUAGGCUUUACCUGCCUGCCAACGUUUGGCUACAAACAUGUCUUGUCUCUGACGAGCAGCACCGACGAGUUCAAUGAGAUAAUCCGAAUGCAGCGCGUAUCUGCAAACAUUGAUUGGCCAGAGUGCGGCUUUGACGCCGUCAUGCAGGCAGCUGUUUGUGGGGACAAGAUAGGCUGGAGGAAUGACUCGAUGCGUUUGCUGGUGUUUGUCAGUGAUGCUGACUCACACUUUGGGAUGGACAGUAAGAUGGCCGGCAUCGUGAUUCCCAACGAUGGCCAGUGUCACUUGGAUGUCAACAACGAAUACUCCAUGUCCACAGUGCAGGAGUAUCCAACUCUUGGUCAGUUGAUUGAUAAGGUGGUGGAGAACAAUAUCUUACUGAUAUUUGCUGUGACAGAAGAACAGAAAGUCAAGUAUAAGAACUAUGCAAAUCUCAUACCUGGCGCCACAGUUGGAGUCCUGGCAAAAGAUUCACGGAACAUCCUGGAGCUGAUUAUAACAGCAUACAAGGAACUGCGUUCAGAGAUCGAACUGGAGGUCCUCGGAGACACAGAAGAGCUCCAGAUGUCCUUUACAGCCAUUUGUCCAAACGGGAGCAUCCUCCCUGAUCAAAAACGCUGCUCCAACAUCAAACCUGGAGAGACGGUAGUGUUCAACGUGACUGUGGAGCUCCCAGGAUGCGUGUCUGGAGUUCGCCACUUCUCCCUCAAACCAGUGGGUUUACAGGACAGUCUGGAGGUGGAACUGGAGUCUCUUUGCUCGUGCGACUGCCGGCAGCCUCCUGAAGCAAACAGCACCCGGUGCACCGAGGACCAAGGGGCUUUUCAGUGUGGCGUAUGUGUGUGUCAGCCGGGGUUCCUGGGAGCAGAGUGUGAAUGCAAUGAGGAAAAGGUUUUGUUGAGCAACUGCCUCGCAAGCAAUGAGUCUGAGAUAUGUAAUGGACAGGGGCAGUGCUACUGCGGACAGUGUGUGUGUCAUGCAUCCAGCUUUGGACUCAUCUACGGACAAUACUGCGAGUGUGACAAUUACUCAUGUGCUCGCUUUCGUGGGGAGCUCUGUGGAGGCCACGGGGUGUGUGACUGCGGCGAGUGUCACUGUGAAAGCGGCUGGACCGGAGAGUAUUGUAACUGCAGCGCCAGCACUGAGGCGUGCAUGUCAGAGGAUGGCGCUCUCUGCAGCGAUCGGGGGAGAUGUGAGUGUGGCCACUGUGUCUGCUCUGUACCUGGAGCAUCUGGGGACAAGUGUGAGAAGUGCCCAACAUGUGGAGACGCCUGCAGCUCUGCAAGGAUCUGUGUAGAGUGUCACCUGCAAGAUAAGGAAGAUGCCGAGUUGUGUGAUCAAAAGUGCAGCAUCCCUAAAAUUUCCAUCAACACAUCUGCAGAUUAUGACAAGAGCCCCUCUAUGCAAUGCAAGCUGAUGACGGAGAAUGAGUGCUGGAUCUCAUUUAAUGUGGUAGGAGAUGAGACGGGGACAACUGCCUAUGAUCUACAGACGUACGGUUGCCCAGAGCCUCCCGACAUCCCCAUGAUCAUUCUGGGGGUCUCCCUUUCCAUCGUGUGUAUCGGCCUGAUCCUGCUGGCUGUGUGGAAAGUGCUGGUGUCGGUCCACGACCGCAAAGAAGUGGCCAAGUUUGAGGCAGAGAGGUCAAAGGCAAAAUGGCAGACGGGGACCAAUCCUCUGUUCAAAAGCUCAACGUCUACAUUCAAAAAUGUAACUUAUAAAAACACAGAGAGAGAAAAGAUCAUUACACUGGAUCACUACUGAUGAUAAACUGGACAUCUGAAUGCACUUAAGUGUGUGUGUGUUAUAGAAAUAGUAUGGUGUGUGUGUUUGUGUGUGUGAGUGAGUGUGAGACAGAGGGAGAAAAAAUUGUACUAAAAUAUUUUAUAUUUGUUUUUAUACGAAUCUCUGUGUUGAUUCAGAGAUGUUAUAACACAGUAGACAACACUGUGAACAGACAAACACUACAUGAUGAAUUUGCUGCUUUAAAAGUGCACUGUCGAUGUACUGUUAAACACUGCACUUUCCUGAUGCAUGAUCCUGCAAACGUAAAUGUUUGUCUACUGUAACAUGCAGCUUUGAAAGGAGGAGUCUACACUACGAGUGGUCUACUACUGAAAAAAUAUUUGGUUUAUUCUAAUGAAUGUAAAUAUACAGGUGGAUUUUUACGAUUUUUAAAAAAAAUACUGUGUUUGUUGUUUUAUUGUAAAGAAAGGCUGAGCCUUCGAUGUUGAUAAUUGAGUUUUUUAGUGGCAUGGCACAUAAAUAAAGUUGAAUUUUGACUUUUUGUGAAA